UCUGUUCCGAAAGAAGGACACUGUCAAUCUGUGGUGCAAUAUUUCCAAGUAUACAGUUUGAGUUCCCAGGAAUAAUAUCUGUGAUCAUUAACAGAACACAACAGAAACAGUCAGGUAGACACUCAUAUCCAUGUUACAGCCGAAUGUAUUCAUUAUUGCCGCUGAAGGCGAAUUGAACGUUGUUGAAGGUAUUCAGUGUAGAGCUCGGCCCGCGCCAUGUUCAUCCGGCCAUUGAACAUGGCGAUGUGUUAUGAACGAGGAGGUAUCCCACCAUACAUUGCUGUCGUGACCUCAUUUGGACUGGCGCCAUAUUUGAUGGGAUCGUCAUGUUAUCGUUGCAUAAUGCAUUGUGCUUUUUGGCUGUCACUGUAGCGGUACCUCGCGGACUGAAAACAGCUGAUAUAUGUUUGAAGUUAAAAGACAGUUUCCUGUAGCCAUGAUGCGAGGUAGAGUCCAAGCUCUCCGUGGUGUCAAGGGGAGGCUGCCAGCCGAAGGGCUGUUCUGCAACUACAGCCACAGGACAUGCAUGCAGAACCGUCUCAAAGACUCGGAAUACUGCCUCAAGCAUAUCCUUGAAGAUAAAAACAGUCCCUUCAAACAGUGCAGUUUUGUGUCUGGGAAGAACGGCAAGAGAUGCCCUAAUGCUGCACCCAAGUCUGACCGCAAGGAAGGCUACUGUCACGAUCAUGCUAAGAAGGCAGCCAUCUUGAGACAGAGAGCUCAGCGUAAGAAGAAGCCUAGAGAAACAUCGGAGAGUCUGUUAGAAGAAUUAGCCCAGCACCAUGGCCCUGCAGCCACAGUGGUUGAGCCAGCUGUGCCAGACCCACGCAAGUCACGGCUGCCCUCCGAUAGCCUUGCAAACAAGGUCCUAGAUUAUGCCAGUUCAAGUGAUUCUGAGACAGAGUCGCCUCUAGUGGACCAAGCAUGGCGAGGUGAUGGAGAUAGCGAUGCAGAGAGUAUCGACAGCGAACAGGAAGACCCACUCAAACAUGCAGGUGUAUACACAGCAGAGGAGGCAACCCUGAUCCUGCGAGACAAGCUGAUACGGCUCCAGUCCCUGUACAUCGACCAGUUCAAGCGCCUCCAACAUGUCCUCAAAGAAAAGAGACGGAAGUAUCUGCACACUCACAAGCAGGAAAGGGAGACGUUAGGUAGUAUAAAGGCGUACAAGACAGACCCUGAACAGAAGGAGAAGUACCUCAAGCUGAAGGCUCUCAAGAGAUACCACAAGCGAUAUGGCAAGGAGGCUUUACUGCAUCGUAGCUGCAAGCAGAGGAGAAUUGCUGUGUCGGAGGGCAACCACUACAGGCCUCCAUCUUAUGCUAAAUGCAUCCAAUUGGAUAAAUCAGGAGUGAGGUGCAGUGCCCGAACACUGCCCCUCUCCAAAUACUGCAUUGUUCACAUCUUGAAUGACCCAAGCCAAGUAUUGUACCAGCCAUGCCGCUUUGAAAAUGGCAAGUGUGGUCAGCCAGUAGCCCCAUGCACAGAUGCUGUGUUCUGUGUGCUCCACACCCCUCUGCAGGAAGCUGAGUGCCGUAUACCACUGACAGCAAGCCAGGAAUCAGAAAGUGUGGUGGUCACUGACGAGAAGCAGGCCAUGGAGAGGGACAAAUCAGAAGGUGUUGCUGCCCCCUCCAGGGCCACAAACCUGGAGUCCAUGUUGCGGAAGACUGAGACAGUUGUGACACAGACCCCUCCAACCCCAAGCUAUGACCGUAGGGUGGAGGAAGCAGGGGAUCUGGGACAGGAGGCAAUGGAUACCAGUUGAUCGUUGACACUAGCUCAAAUAUAAUGCAGUGGAAGCUUUCAAUCUAAAGAGAAUUUUUGACAGAAUGUCUUCGGUCAGCCUGCAUAUGUGACGAAUGCCGUCUGUUGGUCAGCCUUCAUGUGUGACGAAUGACGUCUGUUGGUCAGCCUUCAUGUGUGACGAAUGCCGUCUGUUGGUCAGCCUUCAUGUGUGACGAAUGCCGCUGUCGGUUGGUCAGCCUUCAUGUAUGACAAAUGCAGCUGUCCGUUGGUCAGCCUGCCUGUGUGACGAAUGCCGCUCUCUGUUGGUCAGCCUGCAUGUGUGACGAAUGCCGCUGACUGUUGGUCAGCCUGUAUGUGUGACGAAUGCCGUCUGUUGGUCAGCCUGCAUGUGUGACGAAUGCCGCUGUCUGUUGGUCAGCCUUCAUGUGUGACAAAUGCAGCUGUCUGUUGGUCAGCCUGCAUGUGUGACGAAUGCCGCUGUCUGUUGGUCAGCCUUCAUGUGUGACAAAUGCAGCUGUCUGUUGGUCAGCCUGCAUGUGUGACGAAUGCCGUCUGUUGGUCAGCCUUCAUGUGUGACGAAUGCCGCUGUCUGUUGGUCAGCCUGCAUGUGUGACGAAUGCCGCUGUCUGUUGGUCAGCCUGCAUGUGUGACGAAUGCCACUGUCUGUUGGUCAGCCUGCAUGUGUGACGAAUGCUGCUGUCUGUUGGUCAGCCUGCAUGUGUGACGAAUGCCGCUGUCUGUUGGUCAGCCUGCAUAUGUGACGAAUGCGGUCUGUUGGUCAGCCUGCAUGUGUGACGAAUGCCGUCUGUUGGUCAGCCUUCAUGUGUGACGAAUGCCGUCUGUUGGUCAGCCUUCAUGUGUGACGAAUGCCGUCUGUUGGUCAGCCUUCAUGUAUGACGAAUGCCGUCUGUUGGUCAGCCUUCAUGUAUGACGAAUGCCGUCUGUUGGUCAGCCUGCAUGUGUGACGAAUGCCGUCUGUUGGUCAGCCUUCAUGUGUGACGAAUGCCGCUGUCUGUUGGUCAGCCUGCAUGCGUGUCAGGGGCUGACACAGGAUGCCAGUCACAUGUGAACAGAAUAUUCGUCUGAAAUUGCACCCAGUGAAUCUAGUCCUUCCAGUAUAUGCUGUAAUGACAAAUAAUGUGAUGCAUUUAUACACUGAUUUCACACUGUUUGCAAGGGAAUGGGCUGUCCAUGAUUGUUGACCUAUCCGAAAACAAAGCAAUCUCACAUGAUCCUUGUUUUUUUGCGUGUGUGAAUGGUGAACAAUAUUAAUACAAGCCUUUGUUUGUACUUCCUAGAGCGAUCUUGGAUCAAUAAAUUAUGUCAAAACCA